GAAGCUCUCUCACAGUAAGUCCAGAGUGCUCUGCCAGCAGGAAAAGACGAAAGAUUUUAUAGAAAUGAUGCAAGGCUUUCUCCAUCUUUUUAUGAAGGCCUUCUUGAUUUUACUAGUUGCUGCGUUAACCACCUCCAAUGCCAGGCAUCUGGGAGAAAAUAGUUUGCCAGAAAACAGUCAGUUUAUUGUAGACCCGGACAACAAUCAAUACGAACCCGGCAUGAAACAGUGGCAGAUGGAACUGAUCGCACAAAAACUGGCAGAACUCAACAGUCCAAUUGGAUUUCAAAGAGAUCUAAGGAGUGAAACCGAACGAAAACGUAGAUUCAGAGCCUGCUACUUCAACCCGGUCAGCUGCUUCAAGAAGUAAAAUAUAAAAAUAUUUAAUUGGUUUUGUAUUUGGGAAUUAUUUUGGUAAAGCAUUCAAAGGCACACAGGCAUGAAUAACUGUCAGAAAAAUUCAACCUUCAUAAAAUGGUUCACUUUCUUCACACCCAUUCUUCUGAGAAUGAAAAAAUCUGAAUGAACCAAAGACCAUAUUUUCAAUAUUCAAAAAUAAUGUUCAACUACUUUAUACCAAAAUAAUUCUACAUGUUUAUUCGAAUUGAUCAGAGCUAUGUAAUAUAUCAGAUGUUGAAUGUGAAAUUAUUUUCAGUCCAAAGUUUUUCCAAAAGUAUUACAAAUCACCCGGAAUAUGAUGAUUUGUAUUGAUAUUGAUAACCACAUAUUUCGCGUCAUUUGUACUGUUUCAAAUUUUGAUGUUUACUAUGUAGGAUAUGAUAUGAAAUUAUUAAAUUAAUCAAAGCUA